CCAGGGCUCCGCCUUGCGGGGUAGAGGGCUUGGUCGCUUUCCUGCACCGCCUGAGGUCCCAGCGCCGCUCGCGGCCGUAGGCGACAUGGAGGACGGCGUCCUGGGCCGCGCCGUGUGCGUGCUCACCGGUGCCUCCCGCGGCUUCGGCCGAGCACUGGCCCCGCUCCUGGCGAAGCUGCUGUCGCCCGGCUCGGUGUUCCUCAUAAGUGCUCGCAGUGACGACGCACUACGACAGCUGGAGGCCGAGCUGGGCGCGGGGCGGCCUGGACUGCGCGUGCUGCGGGUUCCCGCCGACCUGGGCACGGAUGCGGGCUUGCAGCAGCUGCUUGGGGCCCUGCGCGAGCUGCCCAGGCCCCAGGGCCUGCAGAGACUGCUGCUUAUCAACAACGCGGCCACUCUUGGAGAUGUUUCCAAAUGCGUCCUGAACCUGAGUGACCCCGCUGAAGUGAACAACUACUGGGCUCUGAACUUGACCUCCACGCUUUGCCUGACCUCCCAUGUUUUAAAGGCCUUUGAAAACAGUCCUGGCCUCAGCAGGACUGUAGUUAACAUCUCAUCCAUCUGUGCCCUGAAGCCCUUCAAGGGCUGGGCAUUGUACUGUGCGGGGAAGGCUGCCCGUCACAUGAUGUUCCAGGUCCUGGCCACAGAGGAGCCUAGUGUGAGGGUGCUGAGCUAUGCCCCAGGUCCUCUGGACACAGACAUGCAACAGUUGGCCCGGGAGACCUCUGUAGACCCAGAUUUGCGGAAAACCCUGCAGGAGCUGAAAGCAAAGGGGCAGCUGGUAGACUGCAGAACGUCAGCCCAGAAACUUCUGAACUUGCUGCAAACAGAUGUGUUCGAGUCUGGAGCUCAUGUGGAUUUCUACGAUAAAUAAGUCCAUGUCCUUGGCCUCCUGGGCCUUCCAUCCUUACAUCCUGCCAUAGCAGCCUACACCACUGCCUGAUGCAGAGAAGCCCUCGUGCCUCCUGGCCUGCCUCUUUGUGCGACUAGUAGAGAAUGACUGGCAUCACCAGCCAGGCAGAGUCUAGGUUGUGUAUCCUGCGUGAUGAGGCUUCUGUAGGAGGCUGUGGGAGAGGGUAUGGAUGUUGGUGUUCUCUCUCCUUAAUAGAAAUUUAGGGAUGCAAAGAACAGAAAAAGAGCAGUUGAAACACUGAAGAGAAGAGUUUGGGUCUCUUGCCUAUAGCCAGUCUGUGAGGGUGAGGGGGUAGAGACCGGGUGUGAAAUAGGAGGACCCAUGUAGAGUCACAGGUGGCCUGGGGGGAGGGGGGACACACAGUUCCAACCAACAUGGAUGUCCCUUGCUUAGGGCAGUGACACCCUCUGUUGAACUUUGUGUCCUCAUUCUGGCCUUCUCCCUCCAGAACUUGCUAUCCCUCCCUCUGCUGGGCAUAGCAAAGCCAGUUACAAAUAAAAUGAGCAUUAACUCCU